CAUGGUGCACCACUGCCACGUACCUGCCAUCUUGCUGUAAAUAAACUAACGAAACCGGUCUUUACUGCAGAAAAUUUUCAUUCAGACUUCGUUUUUGUCGUUGACCGCACAAGGGCUAAGAAGAAAUGGGUGGAUAUUGGAGUUCAGGAGAAGUUCCUGGUGGAGGCACCGAAGGGUACCAUGUUCUCCGGGUGCAAGAUGGAUCCCCUGGACAUAAAGCUGGUCUGGAAGCAUUUUUCGACUUCAUUGUUGCUAUAGGAAAUACAAGAUUGAAUGAGGAUAAUGACACCCUCAAAGAUUUACUGAAGGCAAACAUAGAGAAACCUGUGAAGAUGGCUGUAUACAGCAGUAAGACUCAGUCUGUUAGAGCAGUGACCAUUAUACCAAGUCACAACUGGGGCGGCCAAGGGUUACUGGGAGUUAGUAUCAGGUUCUGUUCCUUUGAGGGUGCCAAUGAAAAUGUUUGGCAUGUUUUGGAUGUACAACCCAAUUCUCCUGCAGAUUUAGCUGGUAUGAAGACAGAUACGGAUUACAUCAUAGGAGCUGACUCAGUGUUACAUGAGUCAGAAGAUCUGUUCACAUUAAUAGAAAAUCAUGAGGGUAAACCAUUGAGACUGUAUGUGUAUAAUACAGAGACAGAUUCUUGUCGAGAGGUUACACUAACUCCCAAUGGAGCAUGGGGUGGAGAAGGAAGCUUAGGUUGUGGUAUUGGCUAUGGCUACCUCCAUCGUAUUCCUAAACGUCAGUUUCCCUCAUCAAAGUCCAGUGUUACGCCAUCAGCUCCUCCACAACCUUCUAAGGAUGGUUUUGCAGAGAGAUUGGGUCAUGGAGUGAGCUUGCCUCCCUCGGGUGUGAGUCCGUACAAACAACAGUUGAGGGCCGACCUGAACUAUUUUCAGGAGGUGCCUCUAGGUGGAACUACAGGAAUCACACAGGACAUGUCAAAUCUUAACAUCAAUACUGGUACACCAACCAUUCCAGUAAUACCCCAGACUGACAAGUUACCAGGGGUCCAGCCCCCAAUGGUCUUACCCAACUUCUCAAUGGGGGCCCCAACAGGCAUCCCCCCUCCCUCUACAUUACCUGCUGGCAUUGGGAACCUUCCGUCAUUAACAUCUAUUCCCCCCUUGACUACCCCUGUAUCUUUACCAGGGAUGCCACCGGGAAUGGUGCUUCCAAAUGCAGCACCGGGAACAACAGUACCAAAUUUUCCCAUGCCAACUUCAAUGCCCCUACCAACAUCAGUGCCCCUACCAACAUCAAUUCCUCUUCCCAGCUUCCCCCUCCCCACACAAACUCUGGUGACCUCUCCAGCUGGUGGGGUCCCACCUUUCUCAGCCCCCACUGGGGUCCCUCCACAGGUGUUACCCACACCUGUAUCUACUGACACCACAAAUGUAACAAAUGUGGACACAACAGCUGUUAAUCAUGGACAGACAGCGCCACCAGAACCAGUGGCAGCGUCAUCAUAGCUAUUAUAGUCUGUAAUGUAGUAUAGUUAUUCCAAUUCUUUUUUUUUUUUCAUUUUUGAUUGCUACAUUUAAUGAUAAGUACUGGUCUUGAUGUUUUUUUUUAUUUAUUGAUACUCUAUUGGUUGCAUGUACAUAAUGUCACACUCACCUUGUAAGAGAUCCAUUGAUCUGUUUAUUAAUAUAUUGAAUCUGCAUGAUACAAAGUAAGUGGAGGUAUAUGUGAAGUUGUGUCUAGAUUAAUGAGAUUGUUGAAAGUAAAAAAGUAAUGCAUUAUCUUUGAAAAAGAGGGUACUAUUUACAAAUAGACAAAUUUCACAUUCCUAAGAGUUAUCUCCCCUAUUUGGCGUAAAGCUCAUUUUCCCCACUUUGUCCUUUUUAAGUUACCUGUUAAUAAUUUUUAAUCUUCAAAUGUUAUCGGACAAUAUCGAUCUGUACCUGUAUUGCCAGAGUAUGGGGCAACAUGAAAAAUGUAAUUAACAUAUUCAUACAGAUUUUGUUUCUGAGAUACUGACCCAUAAAGUUGGUAAGGUUAUAGAGGGAAAACAGUGUCUUACACCAGUUGACCCCGGAUUGACUCUGCAAAGGGGAAUAACUUUUGUAAAUGUGAAAGUCGUCUGUUAUACAAGUUUUAUUAAAUACAAGGCAUCAUUUAGAUUUUGAAAAUUAAAGGAAAAAGUACACAAUUUUUACUAAUCAGUUUAAAAUUUGCUGUGCAUGUAUUUUCUUGUAUAUAUAAUAUAUAAUCAGAUAUUUAUGCACUGUUGCAUAGUUGAAUGGAAUUAUUGGGGAUAUGUAAAUGUACAUUGGUUCAUUCCAGAAUAUUCUUACAUUUGUAUGAAAAAAAUUAUAUCGACUUCUGAAAGUGUAGAUGAUCAAGUCAUUACUGAAUUUAAAUACAGUGUAUAAGAAAUUGAAUCAAAUCAUGAAUCCUGUGCAGUUGUCCAUUCAGUGCUAGUGACAUUUGGAUGAACUUUUUAUGGUUGAUUGCAAGGCAUGAUCAAAGUUAGGAAAUUGCAAGUCAUCAGUUAAAGUCCUCUAAGGUCUUGAUAGGUUCUUUGUCAUCCUUAUAAUGUAGUUAUGUACAGCAAGUACAGUAAAACUCGUUUAGUACGAACGCGGAUAUUGUGAAUUCUUGUUAUAGCGAAGUCAUCUUUGAUCCCCAGCUAUAUAAAUUUCAUGAAUUUCAAAUACGGAUAUAACGAAUUACGGAUAUAUAGCAAAGUAAUUUUAUAGGUCCCAGCCACUUCGUUAUAAGUGAGUUUUGCUGUAGUCAUGUAUAGUUAUUGCAUUUAUAAAUAAAUGAAUCUUCAUUACAUUGCUAAUGGAUAAUACAAGUUCUUUGUGUAAAUUAAAAUUGAGGUUUUCUAAAAAGAAAAAAAAUAUUUAUUUACACUUGGCAAACCUUUUAUCAUGUUGAAACAUUUUUAUGGUUGAAGUCAAUUUUCAUAUACAGUAUGUACAUGUAAAAGGUAUAUGUCUUUACUUGGUGAAAUGUAAAAAAAGUGAUUGGAACUGGAGAAUAUGAGUGAGUGCUACAAACUUUCAGUAAAUAAUUCUUUUUUUUGGUUCAUCUUUUAUGAAGCAUUUGUUUUUGCUUGGUGUAUACUUAUGUUUAAAAAUAGAAAAUAAAGUUUGUUGUAAAUUACAACAUGUAAAAAUGGUC